GUGAGUUGAAAAUAACCUGCUUUGUAUUUGAGUUUGUUAAUUCUGGAAAUAAUAUUAUAACAGCAGUAGUUCAAUUUCCAGCUUGCCUAUUAUUGUAAAUUCUUUUUAGUUCAUGUUAUGUGGUUUCAUACCUGUGCAAAGACUUAAAACAAAAAAAAACAUUGAAACAUUAAACGGAGGAAUAAGGAAUUGGCUGCAAACUGUUUGACUAAAUUCCUAUCAGCAAUGGGGUUAGUUUUUGGGCAUUCUAGGGUGUCCAUUACAGUUGAAAGUCAUCAAAGAUACAUGGCCGGAAACAGGUUUGACCAUCGUUUCUGAUGGAUGGAAAGAUUGUAAAAAUAGGCCAUUGAUCAAUGUUAUAGCAGUGUGCCCUAAAGGGGCAAUGUUUUUGAAAGCGGUGGAUUGUGAGGGGCAAGUGAAAGAUGCAAGUUUCAUUGCCAAUAUCCUCAUAGAAUGCAUUGACAUGGUGGGGCCUCAAAAUGUUGUCCAAGUCAUAACGGACAAUGCUAAAAAUUGUAGGGCAGCGGGGACUAUAGUGGAGGCUACAUACGGUCACAUCUUUUGGAGACCAUGUGCAGUCCACUCACUCAAUUUAAUCAUGCAAAAGAUUGGCACACAAAUUGAUUGGGUGAAAAAACUGUACGACGAGGGCGAGGAGAUUCAAAUGUUUGUGACUAAUCAUCAUAUGUCACAAGCCAUUUUUAGGACCUUCUCCAAGUUGGAGUUGUUGAAGGUAAUUACUAAUUUAAAUUUUUUAUUUUAUUUUUUUAUUUUUUAUUUUUUAUAAUUGAUAUAUGUUGUGUAUUUUUUUAUGUCAUGUUAGGUAGCUGAAACACUAUUUGCAUCUCACACACUCGUCUUAAGACGACUUGUGAAGGUGCGAGAGGCCUUGAGUUCUAUGGUCAUCAACGGAUUGUGGAGUGUAUGGAAGCAGGCCCAGACAGAAAGAGCUCUAAAAGUAAGAGCAUUGAUCCUUGAUGAGAAAUGGUGGGAUAAUGUGGAAUAUGUUUUGAAUUUCACUGAGCCCAUCAUGAGCAUGAUUAGGUAUGUUGAUACUGAUCGCCCAUGUUUGGGUGAGAUUUAUGAUGGCAUGGAUUGCAUGGUAGAGAAAAUAAGAGAAGUAAUAAAAAGAAAAGUAAAUGACCCAACGGAAACAUUUUUCAAAGUUGUGCAGAAUAUUAUUGUUGACCGUUGGAACAAGAUGACCAAUCCCUUACAUCUCUUAGCAUUUGCUUUGACACCAAAAUUUUAUAGUGCAGAGAUGCUUGCAACACCAAGGAGGGUACCACCAUAUAGAGAUGCAGAGGUUGCUUCUGGCUAUAGAGCUGCCUUUAAAAAGAUAUAUCAAGAUGAGGAGACAAGAAAUGUUGUCAUGAAGGAGUUUGGCCAAUUUGUAUCCACAAAAAAUCAUGAUGUUGUAGCUCUCAAUGCUAGAUAUGGGAUGGAUGCUGAUGAGUGGUGGUAUGUAUAUGGUCAAGGCUCCGUUUACUUGCAGCCUCUUGCAAUUAAACUUCUCUCCCAAGUUGCAAGUUCUUCUUCAGCUGAGCGGAAUUGGAGUACAUACUCCUUCAUCCACUCAGUCAAACGUAAUCAUUUGGGUGCAAAGAGAGCUGAGGAUUUGGUCUACGUACACUCCAACCUUCGUUUGUUGUCACAUACGGACCUUGAAUAUAAUGUGGGUGCAACAAGGAAUUGGGAUCUAGCCCCUGAGUGUGCUGAUUUAGAUGCUACAAUUGCACAAUUUGCCCAAGUCUCUAUAGACGAGGCAGCUAUGGAACUUGAGAGAGACUUGGCUAGUGGGUGUGACAUUCCAUUCGAUAGUGGUUCAAUUGAUGCUGGAUUUGAACCACUUGAUGACCUUGGGCUUGGGUUGGAUGGUUCAAAUGAAGAUGAAUAUGGAAUUUAAAUCCCAUAGAUGGCUUGUAAUUUGAAUUUUUAUUGUGUCAUGACUUAUUCACAUUUUGAAACUUGAAUCAGUUGAAACUUGAAACUUGAAUAUUAUCUUUUUUGCAAAUUAUGAAUAUGAUAUUAGACUUUAGUUAUUAGU